AUGAAUAAACAUUCAUCUGGUACUAUUAAAAAGAAUAAAAAAGCCAGAAAUAAAAAGCAAUUACAAAAGCUUAGUGCUAAUCAUGAAACCACUGUCUUUGCCGCUACUGCUGGUUUGGAUCAAGCCAUUCGAUUGACCAAAGAGAAAGUUGCUAAACAAAAUCGAAAAUUUCGAGAUCGUGAAUUCGAUUUAUUUGUAAACAUGGAUGAUUGUCUUUAUAAUAAGAAAAAAACGACGUUUGAAGCUACCAACAUACAACGUAUCAAUAAAAUUUGUAAAGAACCACAAUUCUUUAUUGAUGGUGUUGAACCAAAUGCUAUUAAACAAGGAGGUGUUGGUGAUUGUUGGUUUAUAGCUUCAUUGGCCGUCAUUACAAAUAUUCCAAAAUUAUUAGAAACUAUUUGUGUGGCUAGAGACGAAGAAGUUGCUUAUGCAAAAGUUCAUGGUGAUUACGAAAGUAUUGUAGGAGGUUGGACUGGUGAAG